AUGUCUGGCCCCAAUCUACCAGGCCCUCGAUUGACGUUGUACUAUUCUUGCUUCUUUCUGGCUGUUGUCAGUGCUGGGCUUGUUUGGACCGGAACCAACCCCGGUUACACCAACCAUGAGCUCCAGCAGCACCUGAGAGCGACCAAAGCGAAGUUCAUCAUUUCAGAGCCGGAUCUUUACGACGCUAUGUUGGUGGCCACAAAAUCAUGCAAUAUUCCAGAAGAGAAUCUUCUUGAGUUUGAUGGGUUGUCGGAGAAGUUUAGUCCUAAGUCCUGGAAUAUAUUGCUCCAACAUGGGGAGCAAGAUUGGGUGCGUUUUGAUGACAAGUCCAUUGCACAGUCAACGCCGGCCUGUCUCUUGUUCAGCUCAGGGACUACCGGCCUUCCCAAAGCUGCUCAACUUUCUCACUACAAUCUCGUCGUCCAACAUACUCUCCUCCAAGAGCAAGUAGACAAGCCAUACAGAGUGAAACGAAUCCUCUGCCGUCCUUUCUUCCAUGCUGCAAUGGUUCCAAUCGGCCAUGUUACACCACUUCGAGCUGGACAUAUCUCCUACGUGAUGCGCAGAUUCCAAGUUGAAGAUUUUCUUCGCUACACGGAAAAGUAUGAGGUGACGGAAUUAUUUGUUGUGCCGCCAAUUGUCGUCUCCAUCCUACAGUCUCCCUUGGUCAAGACAUACUCUCUAAGGAGCUUGCGAUCUGGAAUGACAGGCGGGGCAAAGUUAGACCUUUUGUCUCAGAAGAAAUUUUCCGCUCUCAUGCAUCCAGAUGGUGCCAUCAAUCCUUGCUAUGGGAUGACUGAGAUUAGUUGUAUUGGAGCCUGUUACCCCUGGCCGGAGAAGGAUAGCGACGGCAGCGUAGGUUAUUUUCUGCCCAAUCUCGAAAUCAAGCUGGUGGAUGACAACAACCGAGAAAUUCGGGCUUACAACACCCCAGGAGAGAUCUGGAUUCGGGGUCCAACUGUGAUCAAAGCCUACCUCGCCAACUCAGAGGCGAACGUGUUGUCUUUUUCCGGAGAUUGGUUCCAUACCGGAGAUAUUGCUUAUUGUGACUCGAGGACGAAGAAGUGGUAUAUCGUGGAUAGGAAGAAGGAGCUGAUAAAGGUUCGAGGCUUUCAGGUUGCCCCACCGGAGCUCGAAGCUGUCCUGAUGUCGCAUCCCUUGAUUUCUGACGCCGGUGUAAUAGGAGUGCCGGCAUUUGAUGCUGUGGACGGAGAGCUUCCUCGAGCGUACAUCGUGCCGAAAACAGGCAUCGAGGGAGAUCGGCUGAGCGAGGAUCAGGUCAAGCGGUUCGUUGCAGAACGUCUUGCCAAGUAUAAGCAGCUGAAUGGCGGUGUCGUCAUUGUUGAGGCUCUGCCUAAGACAGCCAGUGGGAAAUAUCUCAAGAGACAUCUGCGGGACCUUUGGAAGCGGGAAGCUAAUACGAUCCCCAAGUUGUAG